ACAGAAACAAGCCCAAUAUCGUCAUUACCACAACCUUAACUGAAAAGUGAUAAAUAUCUUGUCAUAUUUUUACAUAAAUUUCACCACAACUAGGUUCCUGUCGGUGCCUUCCAUAUUAUUUUCUUUAUUUUCCCCCUUGUGUUCUUUUCUACUAAACCCAACCAAAUCACUGCCAGACAACAAGAGGACCUGUUCUACACUUAUAUACUUACAUUAUUAUGACCCUUCACUUUUAACACAUUUUUGUGCUAUAUUGACUGGCAUUUGUAGAUGCAAUUUUUUUCUUCUUGUUUUUUGCUAUAAAGAAGAUUUUUUUCCAACUGGGUUUUUCAAAUCUUGGAGAUCUGAAGUCGUUUUAGGUAGUUAAAUUGUUGAAAUCAUGGGAGAGCGCAAGAAAUCAAGAGGGUUGGUGGGCUGGUUCAUUGUGCUCAUAGUGUUGGCUGUGGUUGGGGUUGCUAUUUGGUUGACUGUUCGUAAGAAGAGUGAUCAUUCUGAUUCUGUUCCUUCAGUUCCAGACUCUCCUGGAGCCAUUAAUUCCAAAUAUUCGGAUGCCCUUAAAGUUGCUAUGCAGUUUUUUGAUGUACAGAAGUCGGGGAAGUUGGUUGAUAAUCAAAUUGAGUGGAGGGGAGAUUCGGGUCUUUCUGAUGGGAAGGAAGCAGGAGUGGAUCUUUCAAAAGGAAUGUAUGAUGCCGGGGAUCAUAUGAAGUUUGGAUUCCCUAUGGCAUAUACUGCAACGGUGCUCUCAUGGAGCAUUCUCGAGUAUGGGGACCAGAUGAAAGCGGUAGAUAUGCUGGAGUCUGCUAAAGAUUCACUCAAGUGGAUCACUGACUACCUUAGAAAUGCUCAUGCUUCAGAUGAUGUGCUUUAUGUGCAGGUGGGUGAUCCAGACGUAGACCAUAAAUGUUGGGACAGGCCUGAAGAUAUGAAAGAGAAAAGGCCUGUUGCACAGGUGAACCCUUCUGCCCCAGGAUCAGAUGUUGCAGCAGAAACUGCAGCUGCACUGGCAUCUGCAUCUCUAGUGUUUAGAUCGAGUGACUCCACAUAUUCAAGCUCACUUCUUAAGCACGCUCAACAACUAUUUAAUUUUGCGGAUAAAAAUCGAGGUAUUUACAGCAUGAGCAUUCCCAAAGUCCAAACAUACUACAAUUCAACAGGUUUUGGAGAUGAGCUUUUGUGGGCAGCUGGUUGGCUCUAUCAUGCAACAGGAGAUAAAUCAUACAUUGAUUAUGUGACUGGUGAGAAUGGAGAAUCCUUCGCUAGGUGGGGCAGUCCAACCUGGUUCAGUUGGGAUGACAAACUACCCGGAGUUCAUGUUUUGUUGUCCAGGGUAAACUUUUUCCCUUUAAAAGGCACCCCUAACUCUGCAAACCUCCACAAUUACCGAAAAACUGCCAAGGCGAUUAUGUGCAACGUCCUGCCAAAAUCUCCGAGUGUUACAUCCAGCAAAACAGAUAGUGGCCUAUUGUGGGUUUCUGAAUGGAACGCUUUGCAGCAUCCCGUGGCUUCUGCAUUCUUAGCCCUUGUUUUUAGUGAUUACAUGCUUUCAUCACGGACUGGCAAAAUAUCUUGUGAUGGACGUUCCUUUUCACCAGUGGAUCUUCGGAAGUUUGCAAUGUCACAGGCUGACUAUGUCUUAGGGGACAAUCCAUUGAAGAUGAGUUAUCUUGUGGGAUAUGGGGAUAAGUUCCCACAAUAUGUACAUCAUAGAGGAGCCUCAAUUCCAGCUGAUGAAUCACCAAGUUGCUCUGAAGGCUGGAAGUGGCUCGACUCAGCACAACCCAAUCCCAACGUGGCAGUCGGGGCACUGGUCGGCGGACCUUUUCGGAAUGAAACCUUUGUGGAUUCAAGGAACAACACAAUGCAAGUUGAACCAAGCACAUACAACAGUGCAGUUAUGGUUGCACUUUUGUCUGGUUUAGUUGCCACUUCUUCGGUGGUCAAAACCUUUGCAUAAAGCUUUGGUCAUUCAUUAAUUUCUUCCUACCACUUCAAAUUUGUUUAUUUAUUUUGUAUGCAGCCUUUAUGUUUAUAUAGGGUUGAAGUAUCCAGCAAGCACAAUCUGGUCUAGUGAACCUCAUUCAAUUAGAGAUUGUAUUUGAGUGAAGCCUUUAGUAUAAUAUUUUUUUAAGCA